GAUCGCCGUAGCUAGCUGUUAAGGUAAACAUCGUUUGCUAUGGCUUCUGUGGAGUCGCAACCUCGAUUUGGUCAAUCUGUGAAAGGUUUGUUAUCGGAUAAAGUAGGUUCCUGUAGCGGGGAUGUAAUUGCACUGACCCGCCAAGUUCUCAAGGGAUCCCGUAGCCAAGAGCUGCUUGGCCAAGCCGCCAGAAAUAUGGUAAUUCAGGAGGAUGCUAUUCUGCACUCAGAGGAUAGUCUGAGAAAAAUGUCCAUCAUCACUACACAUUUGCAAUAUCAACAAGAGGCCAUUCAGAAAAAUGUGGAACAUUCCAAAAACCUUCAAGACCAACUGAGACACUUGCUGAAGUGAUGAGCUACUUAUGUGAAGGAGAGCAGCAUUUGUCUCUGGAGUUGGAAGAAUCUCCAUAAACACUGAUUCCUAUGCAGCAACAAUUUUUGAACUGCCUGUUGAAUUGUGGUGGAAUAAGGUGCUAGUAUGAGAAAGAUGAAUGCAUGUGCUACUCGGGUGUACAGAGUUGCCUAGCAGCCCAAACCACAACCAACUGUUCAUACAAUGGACUUCUGAACACACCAAGACUGCAUUGUAAAAUUGUUUUCUUGGAAAGAAAAACAUGUUAAUUUUAAUGGAUUCAAGUGUCACUGCAGGGUUCAUGCAGGUUUCAGUAAGUCAAGUUUAAGACCUUUUAAGGACAUUUUAAGACCAUAAGAUUGAAAUAUAAGACUUACACCACGCAUUUCCCCAAAAAUAUGACCCUGUAAGUCAAAUUUAAGACCUUUUAAGGCUUUUAAGGACAUUUUAAGACCAUAAAGAUUGAAAUUUAAGACUUCCACCACACAUUUCCCCAAAAAUAUGAAAAUUAUAGAAAUUCUGAAAAAAAACUUUAUUUCAAUGAAUGCAAUUAUUGAAAAAGCAUUAUUUUAAUUUACAGAUAAAGCAAUCACAUUAGUCACGUAAUUUAAUUUCAUUAAGCACUAAGUAUUAGGGGUGGGGGAAAAAAUCGAUUCACAUAUGUAUCGCGAUUCAGUCUUCUAGCGAUUCACAUCGAUUUACAAUUUCUUUUUAUAUAAGCAUAUGUGACGGUAUAUCACGGACGUGGUCUUUCCAGUUCCGUCAGACUUUUCCGGACUGUGUCCACCCUUCACCGAGGGUCGAACACAUCAUCUCUGACUUCCCAAGCGCCACCACUACCAGCUACGCCAAAGAAAAGCUAGCUAUUUGCCCAUUACAUACCUGAGGAGUGAGUUUCACCGAUUCACACCGGUUACACACAUAUUGAAUCGCAAUUUGAAAAAAAAUUUAAUCUUGAGGUACCAAAAGAUUCCCACCCCUAAUAGCCGGUAAGCUGUACAUUUAUGUUUUAUAUUUAACUGUGUUGCAGAAAUAAAUAAGUCUAUUCAAGAGAA